AAGCAAUCGCAACAUGUCCCUCUUCGCGGGCAUCAGCUUCACGAGCGACAAGGCCAAGGCCCUCGCGGCCGAGUCGGCGGCCCGGGACGCCGCAGAAGCUGGGCCAUCCACCUCCACAGCAGCUGCGGCGCAAGCUGCGGCGCCAGCACCACCGCCGCCCUCAGCCCCAGCCAAAGCCCAGGUUAAGGCAAAGGCUGAGACAUCACCGGCGCCGCCGCCAUCAAGCAAGGCCCGCGCCGUGCUUCAGUUCGCCCCACGCGCCAAGAAGCCUGCGCCCAAGCCCGUCUACUCCGCAGCCCCCAUCAUCGCCGCGCCGCCCGUGAUCAUCAAGCCUCCACCAGAAGUGAAGCCAGAAGCGAAGGAGGCCGAACCGCGAGCGCCGGCCAUGACGCUGGCACCUAAACGUCGCCCCGACGGGCAGCGCAAGAAGAAGAAGAAGAAACGCCGCGUCCAUCAGGCCUUCGAUCCCGACGAGCCGUACGACCCUUCGCGGCCCAACGAUCUCGCUGAGUAUCAAGCGUAUCGCGCGCGGCUGCGGCUCGAGCGUGGGGAGUCCUCCAGUGAGAGCGAUACGCCGCGGCGCGACGCCCCGCGUCUCUGGGCCCCGCCAAAGGAGUAUGCCGAAACUGUCAUCCCGGCUGCGGCGAAUCCUUACGGGGUGAAGAGGGAGCGGACGCCGUCCCCAGGCGGAGAAAGCGCACACGCAAGCCGCGCGGCAAUGAGUGUCACUGGAGACGAGGCGUACGCGCGGCGAGCGGCGCUGAGCACGACUGGGGACGACGCCUACGCUCGGCGCGCAGCGAUGAGCGCCACAGGCGACGACGCCUAUGCGAGGCGAGCGGCCAUGUCCCAGCCACGACCACCCAGCUUCCCUUCUCGUUCUCCUCUGCCUCCCGUUGGGCUGCCUGCGCUUCCCGCUGGUCUCCCUCCCCCUCCACCAGGUCUGCCGACGCACACGGCUCCGCCGCCACGGCCUCCAUUUCCGCCUCCUGUGCGGGCAGACACUGCACCUCCAUUCGUCCCUCCGAUGCGGCCAGAGACCGCCCCGUCAUUCCCGCCGCCUCCCAUGCCGCCGAUGCACCCUACCCGACCACCAGUGGCGGGUCCGCUGCCAACCCCGCCUUUCCCUCCCCCGGCCCGACCACCAGCAACAGCUCCGCCGGUUGCCUCGACCCCACCCCUGCCGGAUGACGAUUAUGCCAAGGAGCUGGAGGCGAAGCGUGCCGCAGCGAUGGCGAUCGCUGCCAAGUUUGGAAUGGCGCCACCAGCACCAAAGGAGCCGGAAGAAGAAGACACCUCAGGCACCUUUGCAGAACGCAUGAUGCGCAAGUGGGGGCACAAGGAGGGCUCGGGUCUCGGCGCCCGUGGCGAUGGCAUCACCGAGGCGCUGUCCGCCGAGCACGUCGCGCCAACCUCGAAGCUCAGCAAGCGUGCAGCGGCCAAGGCGCGUGCCGCCAAAGCCAACGGGCGGUGGGUGCAGGCGCCGAACGCGCGCGGCCGGAUCGUGGAUGCUUCGGCGUCGGCGGCGCGCGAGGCUGAGGUGGAGAAGCACGGUGAGGCGAGCCGCGUCGUGCUUCUCCUCAACGUGGCUGAAUCUGAGGAGGAUGUAGACGAGGCGCUGGCGGACGACAUCGGUGUCGAGGCCGCCAAACACGGCAUCGUGGAGCGUGUUGUGCUUCAUUUGACCGAACCGCCGGUCGAGGGAGAGGGAUGCCUGCGCGUUUUCAUUGUGUUCUCCGGCAUGGCUGGCGCGUGGAGGGCUAUCAAGGCGCUUGAAGGGCGGUUCUUCGGCGGGCGGACGAUCCACGCGCGAUACUUUGACGAGGGGCGCUUUGAGCGCGGCGAGCGCGACGGUCCACUGUAGGCGGGCCCUGCGCACUCCGCUUGACUUUUCUCCCUUAGUCGUGACCAUAUGCUCAUCACAUCGCGAUAAGCGAUUCGCAUCGCAGCGUCCAUUUCAUGCUGCACUCUUCUCCUUUCACGGA